AUUGGGCUCUUACUGUUGAACAAAACAUAGAGCAAUUUCCACCUGAAGUUACAAAAGAUCAUUGGGCCAUGUAUUUGAAUUAUAGAUUGUCUCCGGAUACUAUGGCGAAAGCAGACAAAAAUGCUCUAAAUCGCCAAAAGCAACGUAUUCCCCAUACGUUAGGCACAAGGUCACUAGCAAGAACACGAGAUAUUAUGGAACAAAGAGAUGGACGGUCUUACAGUAGAGGAGACAUGUAUGAAAUCUCUCACACGAAGAGGAACGGAUCAUAUGUUAAUGAUGAGGCUCGACAAAAAAAUGAAGAGUUACAAAAAGAAAGGCAGACAUCAUCUGAUAAUGAGGCUUUUGUGACCGUGUUUGGAAAAGAGCAUCAUGGUUAUGUUCGAGGAAUGGGACUUGGUCCAACACCAUCUCAAAAUAAUGGUUCUAGUUCUCGUCCUUCAGUAUCAACUUCUUCAUCGACUGCUGAUGCCAAAAUAGCUAAGAUGCAAAGCGAAAUUGAUGUGCUAACUAAAGAAGUUGCUGAAGUUAAUGAGCUUAAAGCUAAAGUUGCUGAAUUUGAUGCAAUGAAGGAACAAUUUGCUCUUAUUAUGGCUAAUAUGCAAAACCAGGGGUAUAACAUAGGAUCGCCGUUUGAAGUACGACGCUCUUUUGAGUCUAGUCAUAAUGUUGAGGGUAAUCAAGCAACUCCAGACGAUUCAACUUAGAUAUAUAAUUUUUGUUUAGGCGUGUUGAACUUGAUGUCACGCUUUUCUAUUUGUUUUAAUUUUGAUGUACUAGGCGCAUGUGUUGUGACCUUCGUUUUUGUUUUUUGUUAUGUACUAUUUAGGUUGCAUGUGUCAAUGCAAACUUUAGAUGUAUUGCGCAUGUAUUGUGACCUUUAGUUCCAUGUGUCGUUGUGAACACCUUAUUUUUGAA